AGAUAUCUGAAUGCUGUUACUGUUGUGGAAUACUAAGUUGUGGGAUGGGAACUAGAAACGUGGUUUGCUUAUCAUCCGAAUAAAUAAAUUGAUAUGAAGUGGCAGAGUCAACUAACAUGCCAUAUAUCGCAGCCAAUCAAGUGGUUAUAAUACGCAAUUGUGGCUGUUUCUGGCUGCAGUUCCUCACAGCACUUUCACCAGAAUGGAGAUCGAUCUGUUUCACCUAGCAGCAGUGAUUACAAUCUUCGCGUUGGUGUACCGUCACCUUACGAAGAACAAUGAUUACUUUCACGAUAAGCCGAUACCUUCGUUGGCGGUGAAGCCCGGCAUCGGAUCAACCGGAUCGCUAAUGUUCAAGCGUUGUUCCUUUUCGGAUUACAUCAAAUCCAUCUACGACAAGUUUCCAUCCGUCAAAGUGUUCGGACUGUUUGAUACCACGAUGCCAUUCUUCGUGAUACGCGACCCAGAGCUGAUCAAACAGAUUGCUGUGAAAGACUUUGACCACUUUGUGGAUCACCGGACCAUCAUGGGCAACGACGACAGUGGAGAUUCACCGAGGCUGUUUGGCAACUCACUGUUUUCGAUGAACGGACAACGGUGGCGGGAUAUGCGGGCAACGCUGAGUCCGGCCUUCACCGGAAGCAAGAUGAGGCAGAUGUUCCAGCUGAUGGUUGAUUGCUGCGAAACGAUGGUGCGGUAUUAUGAUCGUGAGGUUGGAAAUCAUGGCGGUUCCAUGGAGAUUGAAGUGAAGGAUAUGCUUUCGCGGGUUGGAAUCGAUGUGAUUGCUUCGUGUGCGUUUGGAUUGAAGGUGGAUUCGUUCAAGGAACAAGAGAAUGAGUUCUUGAAACAGGGUAGGAAAAUGGUGAACUUUGGACGAAUUGGAUUGGUGUUCAAGAUGCUGGCGAUCCGGAUGUUUCCAAAGUUAUUGGGUGGACUUGGGUUCGAUAUUAUCGAUAAGGAUCAGACAGAGUACUUUACAAAGUUAAUUAAAGACACUGUUAAGGCUCGUGAAAGUCAGGGUGUUGUACGGAAUGAUAUGAUCGAUUUGUUGCUACAAGCUAAGAAAGGCGAAUUGAAGCAUCAUCAGGAAAAGGAAGAACAGGAAGGAUUCGCCACGGUGCAGGAGUCCGAUUUAGGUAAAGGUUCAGUUAUAAAACCAAUGACAGAGAAUGAGAUGAUCGCUCAGUGUUUCAUAUUUUUUAUUGCUGGAUUUGAUUCCGUGUCCACGAGUGUUAUGUUUGCUAUUUACGAGCUUGUUCGAAAUCCGGAAGUUCAAGACAAAUUGUGCGUAGAGGUACUGAACACUAGAAAGUCCCUGAAUGGUAAACCUCUCACCUACGACGCUUUGCAAAAGAUGGAAUACCUGGACAUGGUAAUCUCAGAAACGCUACGAAUGUGGGCACCGGCCCCAGCUAUUGAUAGACUUUGCGUCCGCGACUACGAAUUGGAUGACGGUGAAGGGCUAAAGUUUACCAUCGAAAAAGGUACUUGUGUGUGGUUUCCGGUUCACGGAAUACACCUGGAUCCCAAGUACUUUUCCGAGCCGGAAAAAUUCGAUCCAGAGCGGUUCAACGAUGAGAACAAACAGAACAUCGUGUCAGGUACAUACUUGCCGUUUGGGGUUGGACCACGGAACUGCAUCGGGUCGAGGUUUGCCCUCAUGGAAGUGAAAGCGAUUUUGUAUCACAUGCUUUUGAAGUUUUCUUUUGUAAAAAAUGAAAACACUCAAAUUCCACUUGGUUUGAGGAAGGGAUUUACUAAUAUGGGUACCGAAAAGCCAAUUUACGUACAACUGGUGAAGCGCAAUUAAGUUUUUUGGAAAAUUGUAACUUAUAAACAAUAGAAUAAACAAAAUUCAAUGCACAA